GUUCUAAACGCAAAUGCGCAAUUUCCGUUCAAAAUGGCGGACCAUACUGUGUCUAUUUCUGUUCCAUCAGAAAAACCUCUAAAAGUAGAAAAAUGGAAAAUAAAACAAGGUGCAUCUGUAUCAACGGGCCAAAUAUUAUUUUUAUACAGUGAUUCAUCGGGCAAAGAUACCGUAAUAAAGAAAUUCAAAGCGGUGCACGCUGGUACCGUCACAUCCAUCAAGGUGAAAGAAGGAGACAUCGUCGAACCAGGAGGAUGCAUUGGAGAGCUAAAAGUAUGCCGACAUCCAACUGUUAUGGCAGAAAUGUGCGCAGAAUGUGGUGCAGAUCUUCGCGCAGAACAAACCCCCAAUUUCGACGUCGCUGUGGUACCAAUGGUCCAUUCGGUGCCUGAGUUAAAAGUGUCUGAGGAGUUGGCACUAAAACUAGGCAGGGAGGAUGCUGAUCGCUUACUCAAACAUAGGAAGUUGGUCUUACUAGUUGAUCUUGAUCAAACAUUAGUUCAUACAACGAAUGAUGAUAUACCACCAAACUUAAAGGGAGUAUUGCACUUCUUCCUCCGUGGUCCCGGCAAUCAGGGUAGAUGGUGUCACACAAGGCUACGUCCCAGAACCCAAGAGUUUCUUGAAUCAGCUGCGAAGAAUUACGAGUUACAUGUGUGUACAUUUGGGGCAAGACAGUAUGCUCAUGCUGUCGCUGAACUGCUUGACCCUGGGAAGAAGUACUUCUCUCAUAGAAUACUGUCACGUGAUGAAUGCUUUGAUGCUAGAACUAAAUCUGCUAAUUUGAAGGCUCUGUUUCCAUGUGGGGACAAUAUGGUGUGUAUCAUUGAUGAUCGAGAGGAUGUAUGGCGGCAUGCAGCUAACCUCAUCCAUGUCCGUCCAUACUCCUUCUUUCAGUCAACGGGGGAUAUCAAUGCACCACCACCGUUUCUUGAAGAAAAAAGUAAACUAGGCGGUAAAAAUGGAUCACAAGUUAAUAAUGAUUUACCAACGCUAGAUGCUGAGCCCAUAAUAGAGAAAAAUGAUACAGAGAGUAAAGAAAAUAUAGAUGUAAAAGUAAACGACGGUGACAAUGGUAAGGUAGUGGAUAAAGAUAAAUCAGAGAAAUCUGAUAAACCAGAAAUAACAGAAAAAAUUGAAAAAUCAGAGAAAGUAGAUAUACAAGAUGCUCCAAAACUGGCGGCCACAGGUCAAGCUUGGAUAAAAAAUGCAGACGGUGAGCUAGAGGCGGAAGAUCCAGAUGAUUAUUUAAUAUAUUUAGAAGAUAUUCUAAAAAGAAUACAUAAGCAUUUCUAUGAUGUGUAUGACAAAAUGGGCAAGAAAGAAAUACCGGACCUCAAGUUUAUCAUACCAGAAGUCAAAAGCAAAGUAUUGUCCGGAGUUAGUUUGGUAUUCAGUGGGUUGGUACCAACGCAUCAGAGGUUAGAGACGUCAAGAGCUUAUCUCGUCGCUAAAAGCUUGGGUGCUGAAGUAACUCAAGAUUUUACGGAGAACUCUACACAUUUAGUUGCGGUAAGAUCUGGCACAGCUAAAGUAAAUGCGAGCAGAAAAAUGGUGGAGAGUAAAAAGCUGCAAGUAGUAACACCAGAAUGGCUUUGGAGCUGUGCUGAGAGGUGGGAGAGAGUUGAUGAGAGGCUAUAUCCAUUGCAGAGAGGGGGACAGAGCACAGCGCGUCGGCCGCCGGCGCACUGCAGCAGUCCGCCCCCCGCGCCCGCGCCCCGCAAGCGCACGCCGUCCGGCCGCUUCGCUGACACCAUCAACCCCUUGCUCGUGUUCUCCAGCGACGACAUAGCAGACAUGGAUAGGGAGGUGGAGGAUAUAUUUAAUGAAUCAGAUGAGAGUUCGUCAGAUGACGGCAAAGAUCCAGAUGACGUUGAUGACGAGGAGAAUAUACCAGAGAACAGGCUUAUUAACAUAGAAGCAGAAAUUAAUAACAGUUCACAAGACGGGUUACCUGGAGAUGAUGAUUCAAUGGAUUCAAAUACAGAAGACGGUUUGAGGCCAGCAAAACGACCAAGGCCCUCAACACCUCCUUCAGAUGACGAUGGACCACCAGACGACGAUGAUAGCUCAUGGAAUCUAAUGGGUGCUGCACUUGAACGGGAAUUCCUAGCGCAGGACUGAUGCCUGCAAUGUUGUGAACAGAUACUAGCUGUAUGGUUUUGGAGCAAUAAAGCUUUUGUUAUAU